GAGAGAGAGAGAGAGAGAGAGAGAGAGAGAAGAAAAAAAGCAGCAGCGGAGGGAGCGGCGGCGGAGGAGAGCGCGCGCGCGCCCCCUCCCUCCCUCCCUCCCUCCCCCUCCCCCCAAUUUCCACCGCGGCCAAUUCAUGGACAGGAACUACCCCAGCGCCGGCUUCGGGGACCCGCUCGGCGCCGGGGCGGGAUGGAGUUACGAGAGGUCAGCAAAAGCUAGCUUGGUCUAUGGCAGCUCCAGGACCUCGCACCCUGAGACGGACAUCUUACACCGCCAGGCCUACGCGGCCCCCCACCCACUGCAAAGCUAUGCUACUAACCACCACCCGGCAGGCCUCUCUGGACUCUUUGACACUGGCCUCCACCAUGCGGGCUCCGCCGGGCCUGACGCCUCCGUCAUGAACCUCAUCUCAGCCCUGGAGUCCCGGGGCCCGCAGCCGGGUCCCUCCGCCUCCUCGCUUCUUUCCCAGUUCCGCAGUCCUUCCUGGCAAACAGCCAUGCACACGCCAGGCCCCACGGAACUCUUCAUCUCGGGUGCCCUGCCGGGUUCCAGCACCUUCCCGUCCUCCUCGGCCCUGUCGGCCUACCAGCACCCGGCCUCCUUCGGCAGCCGCACGUUCCCCGUGCCCUCGUCCCUGAGCCUGCAGGACCCUCCGUUCAGCCCCCCAGCUAACGGGCUCCUGUCCCCCCACGACGUGCUUCACCUGAAGCCCUCGCAAGCCCCCACGGUGCCCUCCUCGCUUGGCUUUGAGCGCCUGGCGGGCAGUGGUGUGCUGGGGCCCGCUGGUCUCGGACCUGCCCAGACCCCUCCUUACCGCCCGGGCCCCCCAGACCCGCCGCCCCCUCCCCGUCACCUCCCAACUCAGUUCAACCUGCUCGCUUCCUCUUCUGCCGCCGCUGCUGCCGAGCAGUCCUCCCCGCAGCUCUACAACUUCUCAGGGGCCGCCCCGGGCCCCCCUCCCCCCGAGCGUGCCCUGCCCCGGCAGGACACGGUCAUUAAGCACUACCAGCGGCCGGCGAGUGGCCAGCCCCCGCCGCCGCCCCCAGCCCAUGCCCUCCAGCAUUACCUGAGCUGCGGAGGCAGCUACCCCUCCAUGGGUCACCGUGCCAACCUGGCCUGCAGCCCCCUGGGUGGGGGGGAGCCCUCCCCCGGCGCUGGGGAGCCCAGCAAGGCGGGGCCCAGCGGCACUGCGGCGGGGGCCUCAGGCCGGGCUGCCGGCCCGGAGGCCACGGGGGGAGGCGGUGCUGGGGGUGGCGGGGGGUACCGUCCCAUCAUUCAGUCCCCGGGGUACAAGACGGGCAAAGGUGGUUAUGCAGCAGCUGCGGGUGGUGCCACCAGGCCCCCGCCACCCCGCUCCACGGCCACCCCUAAAUGCCAGAGCCUGGGUGGGCCUGCGGCUGCCUAUGGCACCACAAAGGCCUCUGGGGCCGGGGCGGCGGGCAGCCAGGCCUAUUCCCCCGGGCAGCCCCAAGGGCUUCUGGGCCCCCAGGCCUACGGGCAGGGCUUCGGGGGAGGCCAAGCCCAGGACUUGAGCAAAGGCCCAGGGUACUCUGGGGGCCCCCCACAGCCCCCCAGCGGCCCCCCACCUCCUGGCCUUGCCACGUGCCAGAGCUACUCCCCGGACCAGCUGCAGGGGCAGCUAUAUGGAGUGCAGGGCGAGCCAUACCCUGGACCCGCUGCCCACUCCCAGGGGCUGCCCACUGCCAGCCCGUCCCUUAGCUACAGCACCGGCCAUUCGCCUGCGCUGUCGGGCCAUGGUGGAGGCUGGGGGCCCAGCUCCCUGGGGGGCGGCGGCGAAGCCAGCCCCUCACAUAUCAUCCGGCCCCUGCAGUCUCCACCUGCCCCUGGCCGCCCGCCCGGAGUCGGCUCCCCAGGAGCCCCUGGCAAAUACCUAAGCUCCGUCCUGGCCUCAGCCCCGUUCCUGGCUCCCCCGGGAGCCGGCAGCUAUGCUGCUGGUGCCGGUGGUUACAAGGGCAAGGGGGACGGCUCCGAGCUGCUGGCGGGUCCCGGAGGCCCCCCGACCGAGCGCACAGAGGACGAGGAAUUCCUUAUCCAGCAUCUCCUGCAGGCGCCCAGCCCACCGCGGACCUCAGGGGCAGACAGCUUGGUGGGGGAAGAUGGGGCGGCGGAUGCCUCCAAGGGACUUGGGGGGAGUGGCGGGGCUGGGGGUCCUCCAGGCACACCCUACGAGCUAGCCAAGGAAGACCCCCAGCGGUACCACCUGCAGAGCGUCAUCCGCACCAGUGCCAGCCUUGACGAGGGUGCCACGGCGGCCCUGGAGCUGGGCCUGGGGAGGCUGAAAGAGAAGAAGAAAGGGCCAGAGCGGGGGGGCGAGACCCCUGAGGGGCUGGCCACCUCUGUUGUCCACUAUGGGGCAGGUGCCAAGGAAUUGGGGGCCUUCCUGCAGAAGAGCCCCCCACCACCACCACCCUCGGCCCAGCCAACCCAGCCCACCCCCCAUGGUCUCCUCCUUGAGGCGGGGGGCCCUGACCUCCCACUGGUGCUGCCUCCCCCGCCCCCCCAGCUGCUCCCUUCUGUUCUUAGCCACGCCCCCAGCCCCUCUUCCAGCGCCCCCAAAGUCGGUGUCCACCUCCUUGAACCCGCCACUCGGGAUGGGGCACCCCAGCCCCCGCCGCCCCCACCCCCACCACCCAUCCCCCUCCAGCUGGAGGCCCACCUUCGAGGUCACGGGCUGGAGCCCAGCGCCCCCAGUCCCCGCCUGCGCCCCGAGGAGAGCCUGGAGCCGCCUGGGGCUAUGCAGGAGUUGCUGGGGGCCCUGGAGCCGCUGCCCCCUGGGCCUGGGGACACGGGCGUGGGCCCACCCAACUCGGAGGGCAAGGAUCCCACAGCUGCCUACCGCAGCCCCAGCCCUCAGGGCACCAAGGCGCCCCGCUUCGUGCCGCUGACGUCCAUCUGCUUCCCCGACUCCCUGCUCCAAGAUGAGGAACGCAGCUUCUUCCCCACCAUGGAGGAGAUGUUCGGGGGUGCUGCUGCGGAUGACUACGGCAAGGGGGGCGCCCCCGAGGACGAGGGCGACCCUAAGGCGGGAACAGGACCCCCACCGGGCCCCCCUGCCUAUGAUCCCUAUGGGGGCUACUGCCCCGCCCGGGCGUCUGGAGCAGGGCCUGAGACUCCGGGGCUGGGCCUGGACCCGAACAAGCCACCGGAGCUGCCCUCGACGGUCAACGCAGAGCCGCUGGGCCUGAUCCAGAGCGGCCCCCACCAGUCAGCACCCCCGCCGCCGCCGCCGCCACCCCCGCCGCCACCCGCCUCGGAACCCAAGGGAGGCCUCACCUCGCCCAUCUUCUGUUCCACCAAGCCAAAGAAGCUGCUGAAGACGUCUUCCUUCCACCUGCUGCGGCGCCGCGACCCCCCCUUCCAGACGCCCAAGAAGCUGUACGCCCAGGAGUACGAGUUUGAGGCGGAUGAAGACAAGGCAGACGUGCCCGCUGACAUCCGCCUGAACCCCCGGCGCCUCCCUGACCUGGUCUCCAGCUGCCGCUCCCGUCCGGCCCUCUCCCCACUGGGUGACAUUGACUUUUGUCCCCCCAACCCAGGCCCCGAUGGGCCCCGGCGUCGCGGCCGCAAGCCCACCAAGGCUAAACGGGAUGGGCCGCCCCGGCCCCGGGGGCGACCCCGAAUCCGCCCGCUGGAGGUCCCCACCACAGACGGACCCGCCUCGGCAUCCACGCCGGCUGAUGGUGCCAAGAAGCCCCGGGGACGCGGCCGAGGCCGGGGCAGGAAGGCUGAGGAAGCAGGUGGUCCCCGGCUGGAGCCCCUGAAGCCGCUGAAGAUCAAGCUGUCUGUACCCAAGGCUGGCGAGGGGCUCGGCGUGUCAUCUGGUGACCUGGUCUCGGGCCCUGACCACAACAGUCUAGACUCCAGCCUGACGCGGGAGAAGAUCGAGGCGAAGAUCAAGGAGGUGGAGGAGAAGCAGCCUGAGAUGAAGUCGGGCUUCAUGGCGUCCUUCCUGGACUUCCUCAAGUCUGGGAAGCGACACCCUCCCCUCUACCAGGCUGGCCUGACGCCCCCUCUCAGCCCCCCCAAGAGCAUGCCGCCCUCUGUGCCCACCCGAAUCUUGCCACCGCAGCCCCCUACCGCCCCCACGGUGCCACACCCACCUCCUGCCGGCGCCUUUGGGCUGGGGGGCGCCCUGGAGGCGGCCGAGAGUGAGGGGCUGGGGCUUGGCUGCCCCUCACCCUGCAAGCGGCUGGAUGAGGAGCUGAAGCGCAACCUGGAGACGCUGCCCUCCUUCUCCUCGGACGAGGAGGACUCCGUGGCCAAGAACCGGGACCUGCAGGAGAGCAUCUCCUCGGCCAUCUCUGCCCUGGAUGACCCGCCCCUCACCGGGCCCAAGGACACCUCCCCACCCGAUGGGCCGUCCUUAACCACGGAGGCUGCUGUCCCAGGGCCGCCCCCACUCCCGGGUCUUCCCAGUGCUAGCAGCACUGGCACACCAGAGCCCCCGUUGCUGGAGGAGAAGCCCCCUCCGUCACCGCCCCCAGCCCCGACGACGCCCCCGCCGCCGCCCCCACCUCCGCCGCCGCCACCCCCACCGCCCCCGCCGCCGCUGCCGCAGCUGCCGGCUCCUCCGGCGCCUCCCGCGCUGCCGCCGCUGCCCUCGCCACCUCCGCUGGUGGCCCCCGCGCCCAGCUCGCCGGCCCCGCUGCCACCGCCGCCGCCGCCACCGGUGCCACCCGCGGUGCCACCCGCGCUGCCCUCGCCGCCACCCCCGCCGCCGCCGCCACCCCCGCCGCCGCCACCGGCCCCCCAGCCCGCCGCCGCCGCCUCUGCCCCCCCUCCCGAGGAGCCCCCAGCAGCGUCCCCCGAAGACCCCGAGCCGCCCGACGCCCGCCCGCUGCAUUUGGCCAAGAAGCAGGAGACUGCGGCUGUGUGCGGCGAGACCGAUGAGGAGGCAGGGGAGAGCGGGGGCGAGGGCAUCUUCCGGGAGCGCGACGAGUUCGUCAUCCGUGCCGAGGACAUCCCCUCCCUCAAGUUGGCGCUGCAGACGGGCCGUGAGCCGCCCCCCAUCUGGCGUGUCCAGAAGGCUCUCUUGCAGAAAUUCACCCCGGAGAUCAAGGAUGGGCAACGACAGUUCUGUGCCACCAGCAACUAUUUGGGGUAUUUUGGGGACGCGAAGAACCGUUACCAGCGCCUUUAUGUCAAGUUCCUGGAAAAUGUCAACAAGAAGGAUUAUGUGCGGGUCUGUGCCCGGAAGCCCUGGCACCGGCCCCCUGCGCCUGUCAGGCGCUCUGGGCAGUCCAAGGGCCCCACAUCUGUGGGGGGCAGCAGCUCUGCACCUCCCGCCAAGGCUCCAGCCCCACCUCUGAAGCCUGAGACCCCCGAAAAGGCGCCUUCUGAAAAAACCCCAGAGCAGACUGCUGAGACGGCCACACCGGAGCCCCCUCCCCCGGACAAGCCUUCACCCCCUCGCCCUGGGGAGAAGGAGAAGGAGAAGGAGCGGGAGCGAAGCUCACGGGGGGAGCGGCUGCUUCGGGGUGCAGGUGGGCGUCAGGCACGGCCUGAGCGGAGCGUUGCUGCCAGCCAGCCCGCCACUGCCCGGUUGCCCAAGGCCAGGCCCGCCAAGGUGAAGGCAGAGCCGCCCCCUAAGAAAAGGAAGAAGUGGCUGAAAGAGGCAGCAGGCAACGCCGCCUCGGCUGGUGGAGCCCCACCUGGCAGCUCGUCAGACUCAGAAUCCUCCCCCGGAGCACCCAGCGAGGACGAGCGGGCCGUCCCUGGGCGUUUGCUGAAGACUCGGGCCAUGCGGGAGAUGUACCGGAGCUACGUGGAGAUGCUGGUGAGCACAGCGCUCGACCCGGACAUGAUCCAGGCCCUGGAGGACACGCACGAUGAGCUGUACCUGCCGCCCAUGCGGAAGAUCGACGGUCUCCUCAAUGAGCACAAGAAGAAAGUUCUGAAGCGGCUGUCGCUGAGCCCAGCCCUGCAGGACGCCCUGCACACGUUUCCCCAGCUACAAGUGGAGCAGAGCGGGGAGGGCUCCCCAGAGGAAGGGGCCGUGAGGCUGCGGCCAGCGGGGGAACCCUACAACCGCAAGACACUCAGCAAACUCAAGAGGAGCGUGGUCCGAGCCCAGGAGUUCAAGGUUGAACUGGACAAGUCGGGCUACUACACGCUCUACCACUCACUCCACCACUAUAAGUACCACACGUUCCUGCGCUGCCGCGACCAGACCCUGGCCGUGGAAGGCGGCGCCGAGGACCUGGGCCAGGAGGAGGUGGUACAGCAGUGCAUGCGGAACCAGCCGUGGCUCGAGCAGCUCUUCGACUCCUUCAGCGACCUGCUGGCGCAAGCACAGGCGCACAGCCGCUGCGGGUGACCCCAGCCCGGGCACCUCCGCCACCAGCCCCAAGAAGGGGGACAGAGCUGCGUCCUCAGGAGCUCACUCAGCCCUGGGCCCUGUCUCCAGGGAACGGGGGAUCAUUUGUCAGGGUGUGUUCAUGCUGCCCCCCCCUCCCAGGGCAGGGUUCAAUGUUCGACUCCCAUCUCCCCCCCCAGCCUUCCCUAAGUCCCCCCCCCAUUUCUCCCACUGUCCGGUGUACAGAGAAAUUAUUUAUAUAUAUGUAUAAAUGUCUAUUUAGUAACGGUUUCCCUCCCCCCUUCCCUGUGACCCCCCCUCCACGGCCACAGCCCCGCCCCCUCCACCUUGUACAUAAUGUAUAGGAAAUGUCUAUGUAUGGCUGGGGGGGCAGGGCAGCUUCAUCGAGCUGGGGGUUCCCCCCCGUAUCCCCCCACCAGGCCACGAUCUUUGCUAAAGGCCAUUCCCUCCCCAGGGCAUUUGGCGUAGGGUGGGAAGGGGAAGAAAACGCAUCUUGUUAAUUAUUUUUAAUCUUAUUUAUUGUACAUACCCAGGGUGGGGACUGGGGAGGUGGCGGGGUGAAGGGUCCCCUCCUUUUGUCCCUCCCACCCCUUUUCUACUGCGGAUGUGUCGGUGUCUCUCCCCCCCAUUGUUGUCCGGAUGUGGUUCUAUUUUUUAUCGCUUCCCCUCUCCUGCCCCCUGUCCAGCCGCAGCACCCACCUGUCCCCACCCUCUGUCUCUUGCUCUUUCUUGGGCUUCUGUACAACUCAACUUGUAUACUCUGUGUACACACAACCAGCCAAACAAAACCCAACACGGCAAACAAACGCUUUA